AUGUCCCCCUCGUCGCCCCUCAUCGCCCUCGUCGCACCUCGCUCGCCUGUCAUGUCGUGGCAUAUCAUCGACAUCGACAUCGACAUCGUCAUGGCCAUCGACAUCGACAUCCCCCAGCCGCAGGAAAUGGUCCAGGUCGACCGCUCCGAGUACGCUGUCCCAGCUUCUUUGACUCUGCUCCGACCAGGCACACCAGACACUCAUGACAGUUACAGAUCAGCCUCCCCGUUUUGGCGACCUCCGGUUCGAGAACAUGCUCCUAAGCGAAGUGUGACGUCGCCUGCAGGCCGCGAUCCCAACUUCGUCGUGGGCGCAGCUUAUUCGCAUGCCGAUAUGCUCAAAUUCGACUCAUUAAGCCUCACCAGCAACCGACCCAGGACACCUCCUUCAAGUUCCGUCACCAAAGUCGGCCGCUCAGGUGAAGCAACCCCUCCGACACGAGGGUCAGCAGGCGGCGCCAGCUCUCCGCCCUUUAAAAGCUACAUCAAUUUUCUUUCCAACACCAACGAUGACUGGAAAGCAGACGAAGAUGAGAUGCUCGGUUACGAUGAUGACGACGGCGACGACUUUGGGCUGCCCAGCCUGUCCAACAUGAAGAGACGGUCUAGGAGGACGGCGACGCAAAACAAAACCAACGCCGGAGGUCUCACACCAGCAUUGGAUGGGUCGUUUGGCUUAGGGACAAGGCGCCAUUCGAAUAGUGCUGACAUUGCUGUCGAGCGACCAUCAUUGACGUAUCCCAUGCCGAAAAAGAGCGAGGGCAAAAUCCUGCGGCCGCAGUAUAAAGACAUUCUUCAAGAUCCCGCCAAUGCCUUGCAUCUCAUCAAUUACCCAUCCACCUCCAGCGACGCAACCACGAAAGAAGCCGAUGCCAUCAACUCUCGAAUCACCAGAAUCAACAAGUUCAAGAAACUCCUCCAAGCGUCGUCCAUAUCACUACCCGACCUUCGAGCGCUGGCCUGGUCCGGAGUUCCCGAGGAAGUGCGCGCCAUGACGUGGCAACUCCUCCUCAGCUACCUGCCGACCAACAGCGAAAGAAGGGUAGCGACGCUGGAGCGCAAGCGGAAAGAAUACGUUGACGGCGUGCGACAGGCGUUUGAACGGGUCGGCCCCAACGUAUCCUCAGCCGGUCGAGCACGGGGGCUGGACGAAGCCAUCUGGCACCAAAUCAGCAUCGACAUACCCCGAACAAACCCGCACAUCGAGCUCUACAGCUACGAGGCGACGCAACGGUCUCUCGAGCGCAUCCUGUACCUCUGGGCCGUGCGCCACCCGGCAAGCGGCUACGUCCAGGGCAUCAACGACCUCGUCACGCCCUUCUUCCAGGUCUUUCUCGGGCUGUACAUAGCCGACCCCAACAUCGAGGCCGGCAUGGACCCGGGCCAGCUGCCCAGGUCGGUACUCGACGCCGUGGAGGCCGACUCCUUCUGGUGCCUGACCAAGCUCCUCGACGGCAUCCAAGACCACUACAUCGUCGCGCAGCCCGGCAUCCAGCGCCAGGUCGGGGCGCUGCGCGACCUCACGGCCCGCAUCGACGCCACCCUCUCCAAGCACCUCGAGCAGCAAGGCGUCGAGUUUAUCCAGUUCAGUUUCCGCUGGAUGAACUGCCUCCUCAUGCGUGAAAUCAGCGUCAAGAACAUCAUCCGCAUGUGGGACACGUACCUCGCCGAGGAGCAAGGCUUCUCCGAGUUCCACCUGUACGUCUGCGCCGCCCUCCUCGUCAAGUGGUCCGACAAGCUGGUCAGUAUGGACUUUCAAGAAAUCAUGAUGUUCCUCCAGUCGCUGCCCACCAAGACGUGGACAGAAAAGGACAUUGAGCUGCUCCUCAGCGAGGCCUUUAUCUGGCAGAGCCUGUACAAGGGGUCGGCCGCGCACCUGAAAGGCGGGCCUAGCAAGCCACUCCUCGCAAAUCUCCAGCUGUAG